CUCACUCCAUUUCACCUCACAACGCCUCGUACCCGUAUCGCCCUUGUUCAUCCCUCACCCUCAUAUUCAACACAAUCACAAUGGCUCUCGCUGAUACAUUCAAGUCAAACACUACCUCUGUCGAAUUCUCAUGGCCACAAGGCGUUUCUGGCCUUGAACGUAUCAUGCUCUCUGCUCGUGGCGACCUCCAGAGACUUUUAAGCGCAUUUUUUGCUCGCACCAUUACCAUCAAAACUAUCUACUCUCACACUUCUCCUCGCACCCAUGCCGCUUCUAUCGAGACUCCUCUUUCCCAAAAACGCGAAGUUCACCUCGUCUGCAAUCACAAGACAGUCUGUGUCGCAACCUCUACUGUAACCAUCACCGACCCGCAUAUCGAGCACCUCUUCCUUGACGAGAAGUUCGCUAUUGGUCAAGUAUUCCGGAAGAUGGGUACACAGGCCGAAUUCGCACUACUCGAAUGCGGUUCGAGCAUCGACGCGACUACCGGGAACGAUAAGCUUUGGAGGCGGUAUAUCCUUGCCAUGGAGGGCUUCGAGUGCGAUAUCAUUGAGGUGUUCCCGGACAGGGAGAUGUUUACGGACGAGGCGUGGAUCGAGGCACCGGAGACGCUGGUGAAGGGUGUUGAGGAGGCCAAGGAGCGGUAUCAGGCCACGAAGCGCAUUUCUCUCUACGCUUAGGAGCUCACCAUUUCUUCUUCUCUCCACGUUCUUGGAAUCUUUCCAUUUUCUAUUCUUCUUCUAUCAUUCCGCCUCGUUCCUCACUAUCUCCUUGCAAGUUGCAACCCUUUAGAUACCGACUCGGAUGUACUCCGUCAUUGUACAUUAGCGCAGGCCGUCUCCCGGCACGUCUCUCGAGCUUCGUUGAUAUUAUUUUAUUAUCUUUUCCAUUGUCGUCUUCCAUCCUAUUGACAUCCGAUUCUCCUUCUCGGACAUCCUCCUCGAGGCUCGCGGUUCUUCCCACACUGACGGCGACCUACGUCAUCCACGUGAUUCGC